AACACUCUAGCCAAGAACUAAGCCAAACUACACUACACUAGCAGAGAACUCAAACUUUGUUUCACCAACAUUCCCUCUUGUUUUCCCAUCUCUCAAAAUCAUCCAUGGAAGAAGCCAUGCGAAAGCUCAACGCUGGUUACUUCAUCAACCCCUACAUCCCCGAACCCAUCCCCGAGCCCUCGUUUUUCGAACCACCAUCUUCGAACCAAAACAAAAAAUGUGGCACCAACGGGACCAACAAAAGGUCACUCAAAGAUUCUGCUAACGGGGGCUCCGCCGCCAUGAGGUACCGCGGCGUGCGCCGCCGUCCCUGGGGCCGCUACGCGGCCGAGAUACGAGACCCCUCGUCCAAAGAAAGACGCUGGCUCGGCACAUUCGACACGGCCGAGGAAGCCGCGUGUGCUUACGACUGCGCAGCUCGUGCCAUGAGGGGAGUCAAGGCUCGAACCAACUUUGUGUACCCAGUUUCUGAUGAUUCAGUGACUCCUCCAUCAUUGUUUCAUUAUGAUAAGCAAUCUCAGCCGUCCAUUCAUCACUUCGCUUCCAAUCAUUUCUUCUCACCAUCCUUCUCAAACUCUGCUCCUGAUGCUGCUAAUAGCUUUUCUGUACCCGCGCCACAGAGUAACAACUCCUCUCCCACCAACAUGCUUCUGCUCCGUGACUUUAUCACCUCUUGUAACGCAUCAUCACAGCAAUCUUUUCCCAUACUCAACAGUAACAAAACUGCUGCUUCUACUGUUGCACACACUGUGAAAAACAGUCACUCUUCUCGUACCACCAAACUGAAAUCUCCGCAAGCAAAACUUGAAACCAACACUCCCACCAAAGUGACCAAGAAGCCAGCUAAUGAUGAAGAUUUCAUGGACUUUUUUUCUCCAGAGCCGUCUGAUUCAGGCCUGUUGCAAGAAAUACUCAACGGGUUCUUCCCCAAACCCGAGAAAAGUGAGUCGAAGAAUGAUGAUCAUCAUCAUCUUCAGCAGCAACUUCACACAACUUCAUCUUUCUCAGUUCCUGCAGUGCUGCCUUCCACCAAACAGCUGAUGAUGAACGAGACUGCUAAUACUCAGUUUGGGCUUCACUUUCAGAACUACCAAACACUUGGGGAGCCACAAUUCGGGACUUAUCGCAACGAAAUUCCGGUGAUGCCACCGUACUACAAUGGAAUCCCGGCAGUGGCGCCGCCGGAAAGCUACCCCAUGUUCGGCAUUGGAGAAAUAAUUUAGUUAAUUACGUACUUAAUAAUUUCGUUUCAACAGUAUUAAAUAUGUAAUCUCAAUUCCGAAUCUAGAUUUUAAGGAAAAGGAUGUUCAAGUGCAUGUAAUGGGACUUGUUGGAAUCUACUACUAUUAAGUUUAAAUU